UUCCUCAAUUCCAUUCUUCUCUGCUGAAUCCCUGUUAACGUACUCUCGACGUUUUUCCGUUUUCUUUAUUUUUUUACUUCUCGUUUUCCGGUGUAUUCCGGCGAGAGUAGCUAGGGUUUCAGGCGGCAAUGGCGGUGCUACCAGAUCUAGGGACGGAGAUCGUGAUUCCGGUUUGCGCAAUAAUCGGCAUCGUAUUCUCGCUCGUGCAGUGGGUCCUUGUCUCGAAGGUGAAGCUCUCGGCGGAUCGAACUGGCUCGUCGGCUGAAAACAAUGGGAAGAAUGGGUACAGUGAGUACUUGAUUGAGGAGGAGGAUGGAGUUAACGACCAAAACGUCGUCGUUAAGUGCGCCGAGAUCCAAAACGCUAUCUCCGAGGGUGCAACAUCUUUUCUGUUUACUGAGUAUCAGUAUGUGGGUAUUUUCAUGGUUGCCUUUGCAAUCAUCAUCUUCUUGUUCCUCGGAUCUGUGGAAGGUUUCAGCACAAAGGAACAACCUUGCACUUACAACAAAGAGAAGCUAUGCAAGCCUGCUCUUGCUACUGCCAUUUUCAGCACCGUAUCCUUUUUGCUGGGUGCUGUCACCUCCGUUGUCUCUGGUUUCCUUGGAAUGAAAAUUGCAACGUAUGCUAAUGCAAGGACGACGCUGGAAGCUAGAAAGGGUGUUGGAAAAGCUUUCAUUACUGCAUUUAGGUCUGGUGCUGUCAUGGGGUUUCUCCUCGCUGCAAAUGGCCUAUUGGUCCUUUAUAUUGCCAUCAAUCUCUUCAAGCUCUAUUAUGGAGAUGAUUGGGAAGGACUUUUUGAGGCAAUUACGGGAUAUGGUCUUGGUGGAUCAUCUAUGGCUUUGUUUGGCAGAGUCGGUGGCGGCAUUUACACCAAGGCUGCUGAUGUUGGUGCCGAUCUUGUUGGUAAGGUUGAAAGGAACAUUCCAGAAGAUGACCCCAGGAAUCCUGCUGUGAUUGCUGAUAAUGUUGGUGACAAUGUUGGAGAUAUAGCGGGAAUGGGAUCUGAUCUUUUUGGGUCAUAUGCUGAAUCAUCUUGCGCUGCUCUUGUUGUGGCCUCAAUCUCCUCUUUUGGAAUCACUCAUGAUUUCACAGCGAUGUCGUUUCCUUUGCUUAUUAGUUCCAUGGGAAUCCUGGUUUGCUUAAUUACCACACUUUUUGCCACCGACUUUUUUGAGAUCAAGGCUGUCAAGGAAAUUGAACCGGCUUUGAAGAACCAGCUCAUUAUCUCCACUGUUCUUAUGACUAUUGGAAUUGCGAUUGUCACCUGGACUUGCUUGCCGUCAUCCUUUACAAUCUUCAAUUUUGGAACUCAAAAAGUCGUCAAGAACUGGCAACUCUUCCUCUGUGUCUGUGUCGGGCUUUGGGCUGGACUCAUCAUCGGCUUUGUGACCGAAUAUUACACCAGCAAUGCCUACAGCCCUGUGCAGGAUGUUGCUGAUUCUUGCCGAACCGGUGCUGCAACCAAUGUCAUAUUCGGCCUGGCCUUGGGAUACAAAUCCGUCAUUAUUCCAAUUUUUGCCAUUGCGAUUAGCAUUUUUGUCAGUUUCACCUUUGCUGCCAUGUACGGUAUUGCCGUAGCUGCUCUCGGGAUGCUGAGCACCAUCGCCACCGGUUUGGCUAUCGAUGCGUACGGACCUAUCAGCGAUAAUGCCGGAGGUAUAGCCGAGAUGGCUGGGAUGAGCCACAGAAUCCGCGAGCGAACCGACGCCCUUGACGCUGCCGGGAACACCACUGCUGCAAUUGGAAAAGGUUUUGCCAUCGGAUCGGCAGCGCUCGUUUCCCUGGCGCUUUUUGGCGCCUUUGUCAGCCGCGCCGCAAUUUCGACCGUAGAUGUGUUGACGCCUAAAGUCUUCAUUGGUCUGAUCGUCGGCGCAAUGCUUCCCUACUGGUUCUCCGCCAUGACAAUGAAGAGCGUUGGCAGCGCAGCGUUGAAGAUGGUCGAAGAAGUCCGCAGGCAGUUCAACACAAUCCCCGGGCUCAUGGAGGGCCACGCCCGGCCCGAUUACGCCACCUGUGUAAAGAUCUCCACUGAUGCUUCCAUCAAGGAGAUGAUCCCCCCCGGCGCCCUCGUCAUGCUUACCCCUUUGAUCGUGGGAACACUUUUCGGCGUCGAAACCCUCUCCGGAGUUCUCGCCGGCUCCCUCGUUUCCGGCGUCCAGAUUGCUAUUUCUGCGUCGAACACGGGUGGCGCGUGGGACAACGCCAAGAAAUAUAUCGAGGCCGGUGCUUCGGAGCAUGCAAGAACGCUCGGCCCGAAAGGGUCGGACCCGCACAAGGCUGCCGUCAUCGGCGACACGAUUGGCGACCCACUGAAGGACACGUCGGGGCCUUCGCUCAACAUUCUUAUCAAGCUGAUGGCAGUCGAAUCGCUCGUGUUUGCUCCCUUCUUCGCCACCCAUGGCGGUUUGCUGUUUAAGAUCUUUUGAGAUGUAGUUUUCGAUUCGCCUAAAUAGCGCCGUCGUCGUCGUCGGCUUGUCGCUCUAUUUCGAACAAUGAGUCUCUCCUUCAGGUAUGGGACUAAGCUUAAGCUAAGAUUCAUGGCCUAGGGAGAUCAAUUUUUAUUUUAUUUUUAAUUUUGUUUCUUUGAUGAGUUUGACGAUGGCGACGAUGAUGACGACAAUGAUAAUUGUGUCCGUCUGGGUCUGUGUUCGAUCGAAUGUAUUUUUAUUUUCAAGGUGUUUUAUAGUUUUGUCCGAUUUUCUUUAGCUUCUGACUUGAGUCGAAACGAAUAGGUUUUGCGUGAAGUUCUGAUUACGAGUGGCCAAUCCUUACUUUUAUGCGGUUA